UGUAUUAACUACUUCACUGCACUUUGAGAAGCUGCAACAAUGGCGACUGCCAUCAAACCUUGCCUUCCACUCUCUCCUUUACUCAAACGUAGCGUUUCCCCUCCACCUAAUUCCUGGGUUUCCUGCAAGCCCAAUUUCGACUCCCUCCAAGUCUCUCGCCUUGGCCAUUAUCAUCGACCUCAAUUCGCUGCCUCAGUUGCAUUCAACCCUCAGGGGAAUUUCGACAUCUCUAUGUUCGAAGAAGAUGAUACUGCUAAGGUUGAACCUCCUAUGCCCCCAACUGAAGGAAGAUUUGAAGUAGUUGUUGACAAUAAUGCUAUUAGUAGCCUUGACUUGACCCCCUUUCAAGCUGCUACUGGCAUGAAGUCUCCUUUAUCGGUUAGUCCUAAAGAAUAUCUUGAACGAACAAUUGGCUUUACCAUCAACUACACUAGAGAAGAUCCGGGCGAUCCUCGGGAACUGUCGGAGUUUCCUGACAAUAGACUCUGGUUUGUGAGGCUCGAUGCUACUUAUCCAUGGCUGCCUGUCUUGCUGGAUUGGAGAGCUGGAGAAUUGGCCCGUUAUGCUGCCAUGUUGGUUCCUCAUCAGAUGAAUAUGAGAAUGGGAGUUGUGUUCAAUCCCGAGGCACUGGAACUGUUUGUGAUGAAGAAGGUGUUCAUCGUGUACUCCUGGUUGAAGCAUCACAACAUUCCAAAACCAGAAUUGAAGACAAAUGACAUGGCCAGGAUGCUUGGAUUUGGAAUUGGGAAUGAACUAUAUGACCUCAUUGAGAGCCACCCACUUGAUCUUUCAUAAGAAUUCAUGACAAGCCCAUAUGGGUUUAGCUAAAGCGGCAGCUAUGGAUAAUACCUCUCGCCUUUUAAAAAAAAAAAAAAAAACUUUACCCACACUUUUUGUGUUCUGCCAUACUGCAUAUCAGUAGAGAGGAAGAAGAUAAGGAGAGGCAUCUAUAAGAAUUGACAUAUAUAACGAGUUAUUUUCAUUGAUCCAACAAUGAAAUAAAGGUAAUUGUCUUGUU